GGAAGGCGGGCGCGCAGGAGGGCAGCGCCGGGGCUCGUGGAGCAGCGGCGGCGGCGGCGGCGGAGCGGGAAGGCCCCGGGGGUCGCCGCGCCGUACCCGCUGGGGAUGUCCACGCCCCACGGUCUCCGAGAAGCACGCGGCGCCCGCCGGCCGGGCCUCUGAGGGUCGCCGGGUCGGGGCGGAGGGCUGCGGGCCCGCGCCUCCGCAGCAGCGCGGCCGGCGCCGGGCCAGGAGGAUGCGUGGCGCCGGGCUCUGAAGCAUGGAAGGGGUUCUGUACAAGUGGACCAACUAUCUCACAGGUUGGCAGCCUCGAUGGUUUGUUCUAGAUAAUGGGAUCCUGUCCUACUACGACUCCCAGGAUGACGUCUGCAAAGGGAGCAAAGGAAGCAUAAAAAUGGCCGUGUGUGAGAUUAAAGUCCACUCGGCGGACAACACGAGAAUGGAGUUGAUUAUCCCGGGGGAGCAGCAUUUCUACAUGAAGGCGGUCAACGCGGCCGAGAGGCAGAGGUGGCUGGUCGCCCUGGGGAGCUCCAAAGCCUGUUUGACUGACACCAGGACCGCAAAAGAAAAAGAGAUAAGUGAGACCAGUGAGUCUCUGAAAACCAAAAUGUCUGAACUUCGCCUCUACUGUGACCUCCUAAUGCAGCAGGUUCAUACCAUCCAGGAAUUUGUUCACCGUGACGAGAGUCGCUCAUCUCCCAGCGUAGAGAACAUGAACGAAGCCUCCUCCUUGCUCAGUGCCACCUGUAGCACGUUCAUCACCACCCUCGAGGACUGUGUGAAGAUAGCCAAUGCCAAGUUUAAACCCGAGAUGUUUCAGCUGCCUCAUCCCGACCCCUUGGUUUCUCCUGUGUCGCCGUCUCCUGUUCAGAUGAUGAAGCGUUCCGCCAGCCACCCUGGUUCCUGCAGUUCAGAGAGGAAUAGCUGCUCCAUCAGAGACGCAGCCUCUGCCCUUCACAGACUUCCUCAGCGCCGCCGCAGAACCUACUCGGACACAGACUCUUGUAAUGAUGCCCCCCCUGAAGACCCAGAGAGACCUCUUCACUGUUCAGGAACCACACUUAACGGAGAUUUGGCAUCAGCAACCAUUCCUGAAGAAAACAGACUUCUGGCCAAGACACAAUCUGAUUCUGAAGAACCUCUUCCACCCCUCUCCUGAGGAAAUGGACACGUCCAGCCUCCUCUGAGUGUCGCUAUGCAAAAGUUGCUGUAAUUAAACUCGUUCUGGGGUCGCGUCCCCUCUCCUUAGGAUUUCUCUGCACUUUAUAGAAUAUUGUAAACAAACAACCCACAUACUUUUGAAGUGUAUUUUAUCUUUCUAUAGUUUACUUGUAAGAGUAUUUUCCUAAUAACUUCACAGUAUGAAUGUGCAUCUUUCUUUUUUUUUUUUGUAAAAAAAAAAUAAAUAAAUAAAUGAUGGUUUAACAUUUUGACAUCCGUAAGGACAAAUGUAGAUAUUUUUCUAAAAAACUGUGAGGGACUGACAGCUUGUUCAGCGUGUAUCGUAGUAUAUAAACAUGAGAUCUCACCAGUUCGGUGUGACAGAAAUGUGAAAGUUGUAACUUGUGCCAUGGACCAGAAGGUCACUUCACCCCCGCUUCAAAUUAUUUACCAUAGCAGCUUGAUGCUGAUUGGGUCACAGUCCUUUAAGCUAAAAAGGAAACAUAUAAUAGUCUAAAGGUCUUUAGCCCAAAUACCGGGACAUAUUUGAACAUUUAAAAAAAUAACCAGACUCCGUUGUCCUUCGUAUGUGAAGUUGACACUUGAUUUGUCAAUACCAAACAUCAGGUUACAGUGUUCAAUUUUUAUUUAUUUAUUUUCUUACUGCAUCAAAAGAUGAUUGUGUCCUAAUGUUUAUGAUCUCCCCGAUUUAAAAUGUAUAUGAUUGUUGUUCUUUACAUUGUUCUAAGAGAGGCAAGUGUCCUCAGUGACCUUGUUCACGUACACCAGAGAAAUAAAUGGCUUUCAGUGCAAGAGGAAUUUAGUGCUUUUUUAAAAAAGAGGCAUUAGCUGCUGUUGUCAGGUAUGCUCUGCGGCUCUUCGGCAUAUCUAGAGACAUUUUUAAUUUAUGAAUAUUUAUAUAAAGAGUAAUCCUGUCAAGAUGACUGUUCUAUAUCACUUGAGAAUGGCAUUAUUUAAUUAAAGAACAAUUUGCAUUUUUUGGUA